AUGCUUCUGAACGCCUGCGUUGUGACAGAAAGUCCUGGAGGGGAUUUGGGAGCCAAAAAGAAAAAGAAGAAACAGAAGAGGAAAAAGGAGAAGCCAAAUUCUGGAGGCACGAAGUCUGACUCUGCAUCUGAUUCUCAGGAGAUUAAAAUUCAUCAGCCUUCAAAAAAUGCCACCAUCCCGAUGCAGAAGCUGCAGGAUAUCCAGAGAGCGGUGGAGCUGCUGUCGGCGUGCCAGGGCCCGGCCAGGAACAUCGAUGAGGCAGGCAAACGCAGGUACCAGUUCUGGGACACACAGCCGGUGCCCAAACUAAAUGAAGUCAUAACUUCUCAUGGUGCAAUUGAGCCAGACAAAGACAAUGUACGUCAAGAACCAUAUUCUUUGCCACAGGGUUUUAUGUGGGAUACUUUAGACUUGAGUAAUGCGGAGGUGCUCAAGGAGCUAUAUACAUUGUUAAACGAGAAUUAUGUAGAAGAUGAUGACAAUAUGUUCCGCUUCGACUAUUCGCCAGAGUUCCUGUUGUGGGCUCUGCGUCCCCCGGGCUGGCUCCUGCAGUGGCACUGUGGGGUCAGAGUAACUUCUAAUAAGAAACUAGUAGGAUUCAUAAGUGCCAUCCCAGCCAACAUCCGCAUUUAUGAAAGUGUGAAGAGGAUGGUAGAAAUCAACUUUCUUUGCGUUCAUAAGAAAUUGAGAUCGAAACGAGUAGCCCCAGUGUUAAUUAGAGAAAUAACCAGAAGAGUGAACCUGGAAGGGAUCUUCCAGGCUGUGUACACUGCUGGAGUGGUCCUUCCUAAGCCCGUGGCUACAUGCAGAUACUGGCAUCGAUCCCUAAACCCCAGAAAACUGGUGGAAGUGAAGUUUUCUCACUUGAGUAGAAAUAUGACAUUGCAGAGAACAGUGAAGCUUUACAGACUGCCAGAGGUUACAAAGACCUCAGGCUUGAGACCGAUGGAACCAAAAGAUAUCAAAGCAGUUCGAGAAUUAAUCAACAUUUACCUGAAGCAGUUCCAUCUAGCUCCCGUGAUGGAUGAAGAGGAAGUGACCCACUGGUUCCUCCCCCGGGAGCAUAUUAUUGACACAUUUGUAGUGGAGAGCUCCAGUGGGAAGCUGACUGACUUCCUGAGCUUCUACACGCUCCCCUCCACGGUCAUGCACCACCCCGCCCAUAAGAGCCUCAAAGCUGCCUACUCCUUCUACAACAUCCACACAGAGACGCCGCUGCUGGACCUCAUGAGUGACGCGCUCAUCAUAGCCAAGCUGAAAGGAUUUGAUGUAUUCAAUGCACUAGAUUUGAUGGAAAAUAAGACCUUCUUGGAAAAACUCAAGUUUGGUAUAGGAGAUGGCAAUUUGCAGUAUUACUUGUACAACUGGAGAUGUCCAGGAACGGAUUCUGAAAAGGUUGGACUUGUACUCCAGUAGAUGGAUCUGCUGAUCUCUACUGUUCUUACACCCUCAUUUGUUAAUAUUCUCUAUGACAAUUCCUGGAACUGCCAUUCCAAAGAAGAGUAAAAGCACAAGUGAAGCUGAAGUAGCUGGUAACAAUCAGAAAAAAAUGAAAAAUGCCCGUAUGAGCUGUGCUACACAUUUCUAGCUAGAAUGUUAAAAUCUAUCCUGUUUUUGCUGUUUACCUACUUAUCAGUGGGAUGAAAGGGUACAAAGAGCACAUUCCUGUAGUUUUCAAACCUUCAGCUCUUUUGGUGAAGAAAGGGUAUUUUUCCACUCUAGAAAUAGGACUCUUUUUCUAUAGACUAAACAGAAGUCACAGCAUUGUGUAAGAAAAUCUUUGCUGCUUUGUGGGGAUAAACUGCUGCAUUUCUAUCUAUUAAAUGGUGGUGCAUUUGUAACAGAAAGAAGGAUCCCCUGGAGAAUCUUGACAUACAUUACUGGGGUCAUAGGCACGGGGUUGAGUGACAAGCAGAGGGUAUGAGAUGGGACAUUGUGAACAUGGACAGGGGCCAGUGCAUUAUUCCUCUCUAAGCAAAGUUGCCAAGCCAAUAAAUAUACAAAAACAAUAAACAUACAGAUUUGUACUUUAUCUUCAGCAAGUUAUGGAUCAUUUCAGUGGCAAGGUUUUGGGCAAACUUGAGUGUGCUCUCUCACAAAGCAUGAGGCCCGAGACCAGACAGACUCCCACUGCUGCACUAUCUCCAGGCUCUCGUCAGCAACACCCAGGAAGGUGAGGGUGAAGAAAUAAAAAGCCGGAAAUUAAAACUAGUGCCUGGGGAAUUUAUUAGUGCUACCAGCACUUUGAUAGUUUGAAUGUUCUAUUACUUACACAGAAUUGCACAUAUUCCAUAUUCCUUUAUGCUGAUUUUUAUCAUGAAAACUCUCAUGCUAAUGGAAAAUGUCUUACUUGUAAAUAACUAUUCAUAAUUUUUGUUACUGGUGUUACCUAGAAUUUGAAAAAGUUCCACUAUGUACAUAUGUUUAUAUACUUCCAGUAAUCCAAGGGAAAAUAUGAUGCUAAACAAGGCCAAACAGACUGGCCUUAAAUACCACAAAAUAGAUACUUCUUAUUGUACCACUGCCUGUUAGUAACCCUUUGAAACCAAUCAUAUCAGGAAGAGGCCACCAAAAUAUCACCAUGGGCUAAUUCUGGACCACUGCCUGUCUUUAAACACCCCACAAACUAAGCGUCCUUUUUUUGAAUGAUGGAAAAUCGUCAAAAGAAUAAAUAUUUUAUUGUAUUUUUU